AUGGACGGGAAUAUUACUUCACGACAAAGGAAGAAUUCCUCGACCUUCGUUAAGGCAGUCAAGGACAUCGCGGGAAAAGGGAAAAUAUGUAUUUUGGAUAUCGAGAUGGAGGGUGUCAAACAAGUCAAGCGCACAGAUUUGAAUGCUCGGUUCUUGUUCCUGGCGCCGCCGUCGCUGGAAGAAUUGGAACGAAGACUUCGUGGCCGAGGCACAGAAACGGAGGAUAGCAUGAACAAGAGAUUAGCGCAGGCGAAGAAUGAGUUGGAGUAUGCCAAACAGCCUGGUGCACAUGACAAGAUCGUUGUCAACGACGAUCUGGAUCGGGCCUAUGCAGAAAUGCGGGAUUGGAUUGUGGAUGGUGGGAAGUUUGGAGCGACCGCAUAA